UGUUGUGGUCCGGCCCGCGUGGGUGGCGGGAGCUGCGCGGGGGCGGGGGCGGCGAGGGGCCGGGUCACGUGACGGGGUUUAAAUCUCCCGCAGCCGAGCCGCGGGGGCGCCAGUGCCGCGCGUCGAGCGGAGCAGAGGAGGCGAGGGCGGAGGGCCAGAGAGGCAGUUGGAAGAUGGCGGACGAGGCGGCGCUCGCCCUUCAGGCCGGCGGCUCCCCUUCCGCGGCGGCCGCCAUGGAGGCCGCGUCGCAGCCCGCCGCCGAGGAGCCGCUUCACAACCUGCUGUUCACUGAUGAAAUCAUCACUAAUGGCUUCCAUUCCUGUGAGAGUGAUGAGGACGAUAGAACUUCGCAUGCGAGCUCUAGUGACUGGACUCCACGACCGAGGAUAGGUCCGUAUACUUUUGUUCAGCAGCAUCUCAUGAUUGGUACUGAUCCUCGAACAAUUCUUAAAGAUUUACUGCCAGAAACAAUUCCUCCACCUGAUUUGGAUGAUAUGACACUGUGGCAGAUUGUUAUUAAUAUUCUUUCAGAACCACCAAAACGGAAAAAAAGAAAAGACGUUAAUACAAUUGAAGAUGCUGUGAAGUUACUACAAGAAUGCAAAAAGAUAAUAGUUUUAACUGGAGCUGGGGUUUCUGUUUCCUGUGGAAUACCUGACUUCAGAUCAAGAGAUGGUAUUUAUGCUCGUCUUGCCGUGGACUUCCCAGAUCUCCCAGAUCCUCAAGCCAUGUUUGAUAUUGAGUAUUUUAGAAAAGAUCCAAGACCAUUCUUCAAGUUUGCAAAGGAAAUAUAUCCUGGACAAUUCCAGCCAUCUCUGUGUCACAAAUUCAUAGCUUUGUCAGAUAAGGAAGGAAAACUACUUCGAAACUAUACUCAAAAUAUAGAUACCUUGGAGCAGGUUGCAGGAAUUCAAAGGAUCAUCCAGUGUCAUGGUUCUUUUGCAACAGCAUCUUGCCUGAUUUGUAAAUACAAAGUUGAUUGUGAAGCUGUUCGUGGAGACAUUUUUAAUCAGGUAGUUCCUCGGUGUCCCAGGUGCCCAGCCGAUGAGCCACUUGCUAUUAUGAAGCCAGAGAUUGUCUUCUUUGGUGAAAAUUUACCAGAACAGUUUCAUAGAGCCAUGAAGUAUGACAAAGAUGAAGUUGACCUCCUCAUUGUUAUUGGGUCUUCUCUGAAAGUAAGACCAGUAGCAUUAAUUCCAAGUUCCAUACCCCAUGAAGUGCCUCAAAUAUUAAUAAAUAGGGAACCUUUGCCUCAUCUGCAUUUUGAUGUAGAGCUUCUUGGAGACUGUGAUGUCAUAAUUAAUGAGUUGUGUCAUAGGUUAGGUGGUGAAUAUGCCAAACUUUGUUGUAACCCUGUAAAGCUUUCAGAAAUUACUGAAAAACCUCCACGAACACACAAGGAAUUGGUUCAUUUAUCAGAGUUGCCACCAACACCUCUUCAUAUUUCUGAAGCCUCAAGUUCACCUGAAAGAACUAUACCACAGGAUUCUCCUGUGAUUACUACACUUAUAGACCAAGCAACAAAGAACGAUUUAGAAGUAUCUGAAUCAAAAAGUUGUAUGGAAGAAAAGUCACAAGAAGUACAAGCUUGUAGGAAUGUUGAGAGCAUUAAUGUAGAAAACCUAGAUUUCAAGGCUGUUGGUUCCAGUACGGAAGAGAAAAAUGAAAGAAAUUCAGUUGCAGAAGCUGUGAGAAAGUGUUGGCCCAAUAGACUUGCAAAGGAGCAGAUUAGUAAGCGUCUUGAUGGUAAUCAGUACCUUUUUGUACCACCAAAUCGUUACAUAUUCCAUGGUGCGGAGGUGUACUCAGACUCUGAAGAUGAUGUCUUAUCCUCUAGUUCCUGUGGCAGUAACAGUGACAGUGGCACGUGCCAGAGCCCCAGUUUAGAAGAACCCAUGGAAGAUGAAAGUGAGAUUGAAGAGUUCUACAAUGGUUUGGAAGAUGAUCCUGAUAGACCUGACGGUGCUGAUGGAGGGGAUCAGGAGGGAGUUAAUGAAGCUGCAGCCAUGCGACAGGAAGUGGCAGGUGUGGACUAUCCAUCAGACAAAUCAUAACGUUAUCACAGCUGUCCAGGUACAGGAACUGCUCCACCAGCAUUGGGAACUUCAGCAUGUCAAAAUGAAUGUUUACUUGUGAACUUGAACAAGGAAAUCAGAAAGAUGUAAUAUUUAUAGACUGGAAAAUAGAUUGUCUUCUAAUUUU